AUGGAGCGCGUCCAGGCUGCCCUGGGCGAGGCAGCCGCGGCGCUUGCAGCGGCGAGCGGGCCUUCCAGGGGCGCUGCAGAGCAGCUGCACUUCGGGAAGGUGCGCGCGCUCAUCGAAGGCCAGAGGUGGACGGCCACGGAGAAAGGGCAGCUGCUGACCGAGCUCGGGCAGACGGGGUUCAGUCACGAUUUGGUCGGCGCCGCGACCGAGUGGCUCUGCGGGAGGCGCACGAAGGCCAAAGGGCAAAGUUACGAGUGCUUCGUGGAGUUGCUUACUGCCUCCACGUGGCACGUGCUGCUGAGCCCAACCGAGUCGUUCGCUUCGAAAUUUGUCAUGUUGAUGCGCCACUUGGAGCGCCUCGGGCUCCGGAACCCUUCCGAGCCGACGUUUGGCAUGCUAGCCGCGUUCAUGUUCCUGGCGUGCCAGCGAUCAGGCAUCGAGAAGAAUUCGCCGACUCCGCAGCUCUUGGACGUGUACUUGCAGUUGGUGAAGACCACGUGGCGUUCCCCUGCCUACACAGCUGCUCGAGGCAAGGCGACCGAGUUUGUCGGCGCGCUCUCCCCCUCGGCGGCGCUGUUCCAGCAGGAGAGGCCGACGCUGUACGAGCAGGCGUUCGCCUCGGAGGGGCCCGUGCAGCCGACAAUUGGGCUUCUCGAGACGCAGAUCCUCGGGAAGCUCAUCAGCUUGCGCGGCAACAGGAACGCAGCGCUCGGCGCCCAGGCAACGCCGCAGCGGGCGGCGUUGCCGCCGAUCGCCUUCGCGCCUCUGCCGCCGCCUUCUCCGAUGCAAAGCGUUGCGGUUGCAGCCGCGACGAUUGCCGCGACGCCUCCCUUGGGAGCCGCGACGCCAGCGGCGUUGCCGUUGGGGGUGAUCCCAACGCACAACACCCGCGGCGGGUGGCCGAACCCAGCGGCGGCCGCCCUCGUCUCGCAGCGCGGGCCGACGACUCCCACUCCAGCAGCUCCCGCGGGCAAGCCUGCCGCGAUGUCGGGAGCGGCGCCUGCGGCCGCGGCCUCAAAGUUGGGCGGUGGCGCCAAGGUCAAGGCAUCGGCCGUUGACGUCAUGGUGCUGAGCUCGAGCGAGUCCGAGGUGGACGCGAAGGGGGCGCCGCAGAAGAAGGCAAAGGUGGAUCCGACACUGCCGCUGGCGAAGCUGCCUGCCGACGCUGCCCUGGUUCUCCUCCAAGCGGCGGGGCAACGUACUUCCUCUGGCUGGAAAGCGGAGAAGGGCGAGAAGAAGCGGAGGAAGUCCGACGCAGUGGCGGCCUUGGCGAAGACAAAGGCUUCAGAUGGCACGGCGAAGCCAUCGGCGGCGAAGGCAAAGGCAAAGGCAAAAGCCGAGGCAACACCGAAGAAGAUUGCGAAGGCGAAGGCGGCAGCAUGCAAGCUGAAAGCACCGCGGUAUGACGACGAGACCACUCGCAGCCAGAUUCUCUUCAGGAGCGGGCGCAGCGGGCCAGGCGGCACCAAGAGCAAGAAGUACAGGAACGGCAAGGAGAAGGAGGCCGCCAUCGCCUGGGCCAAGGCGCUGGUGCAGAGCGAGCUGGAGGCUCGCAAGGGCGAGUUCUGA